GCUGAUUCCUUUCCAACCGGGGAUUGAAAUCGGGCUUUUAAUUGGUAGCAACAUACCAAGCGCUAUAAAACCUCGGGACGUAGUUUCUGGCGGAGAAGACGAGCCAUAUGCUCAACGAUCAAUUCUAGGGUGAGGUAUCGUCGGAACGGUUUGUAAAGAUCACGUGAUCCAAGAAAAUAAAGCGGUGGUCCACAGAUGCUUUAUGCACUAAAGCGUAAAUCGGACACAAAUUGUAAGGAAAGUGAACACUAAGGAAAUUCUUAAUACCAAUACAAUUAGACAAAGCCUGGAAAGAGAUUUUUUAGAAGAUAAUUCGCUUGAAACGAUGUCAAUCGACGAUCGAAAGUUCAUCGAUAUAAUUACGAGGAACAUAGAACAGCGUUCAGAUGGACAUUAUGAAAUGCCAUUGCCAUUAAAAUCUAGAGAGGUUCGAUUGCCUAACAAUAAAGGCCUUGCCAUUAAACGACUGUCGCAACUUAAGCGCAGGUUUCAACGCUGUUCUUCGUACUACAACGAUUACAAAAUUUUCAUGAAAGAUGUAAUUCUGGAGUGUGCUGAGGAGGCGACCGACGAUAUUGGUUCGGAGCCUAUUGCAAUGGUGAACUAUGUACCACAUACAGGAGUAUAUCACCCAAAGAAACCUGGAAAGAUAAGAGUUGUGUUUGAUUGUUCAGCCGAAUAUCAAGGAACAUCACUAAAUAAAAAGAGAAUGUGGCCGUGAUGACGGAUAUAAAAUCCAUGUUCCACCAGUUCUACGUGAAACGAAUAGAUCGAGAUCUUCUGAGAUUCUUGUGGUGGAAAGAUGGCGAUAUGCAAAAACCUAUAGUGGAACAUCGAAUGAAGGUACAUUUGUUUGGUGCUGUAAGCUCGCCAGGGAUCGCCAAUUUUGGACUUAAACGAGCAGCCGAUGAUGGGGAAGAAGAAUUUGGCAGUAAAGCGGCGAACUUUAUUCGCGAUAAUUUUUAUGUAGAUGACGUCUCUUAUCUGUAGCAACCCCUGAGGAAGCAAUUGAUGUCAUACACCAAGCUAAAGGUGUUUGUGAGAAAGCUGGUUUGCAGCUCCACAAAAUCAUCAG